GUGGACUCGUUAAACGUUGGUGAUAAUGAUGUGGAUGUGGAGAAGAGUCAUGAGAACCACGACUCACAUUUCACUGGCUUCAAAACAGGUAAAGGGGAUUCUGUGACUUUGAUGAAUUCAUCAUCUCGGAAGUUCGCUCGAACACUUGUGGACUCGUUAAACGUUGGUGAUAAUGAUGUGGAUGUGGAGAAGAGUCAUGAGAACCACGACUCACAUUUCACUGGCUUCAAAACAGGUAAAGGGGAUUCUGUGACUUUGAUGAAUUCAUCAUCUCGGAAGUUCGCUCGAACACUUGUGGACUCGUUAAACGUUGGUGAUAAUGAUGUGGAUGUGGAGAAGAGUCAUGAGAACCACGACUCACAUUUCACUGGCUUCAAAACAGGUAAAGGGGAUUCUGUGACUUUGAUGAAUUCAUCAUCUCGGAAGUUCGCUCGAACACUUGUGGACUCGUUAAACGUUGGUGAUAAUGAUGUGGAUGUGGAGAAGAGUCAUGAGAACCACGACUCACAUUUCACUGGCUUCAAAACAGGUAAAGGGGAUUCUGUGACUUUGAUGAAUUCAUCAUCUCGGAAGUUCGCUCGAACACUUGUGGACUCGUUAAACGUUGGUGAUAAUGAUGUGGAUGUGGAGAAGAGUCAUGAGAACCACGACUCACAUUUCACUGGCUUCAAAACAGGUAAAGGGGAUUCUGUGACUUUGAUGAAUUCAUCAUCUCGGAAGUUCGCUCGAACACUUGUGGACUCGUUAAACGUUGGUGAUAAUGAUGUGGAUGUGGAGAAGAGUCAUGAGAACCACGACUCACAUUUCACUGGCUUCAAAACAGGUAAAGGGGAUUCUGUGACUUUGAUGAAUUCAUCAUCUCGGAAUUUCGCUCGAACACUUACAGACCCUUCCAUUUCUGAUGUUUUCGUAAAGCCAGAAAUGUGCUACGAGUCUUAUGAUUACAAUGCCCAUAAUGUCAAAGAUAAUUUAUUACUGUCUGUGGAACAAAUUGCUGAGGUGCAUGAUGAUUUUGAGUACUCAUCUCAUAAUUAUAUUGACUCAUUUAGUGGAUGUUUUGAUACUCAAUUUGACUUAUCAUUUGAACGUUCUGAAGGUGGUAUUCACAUGAUGGAAAUUAAUAUAUCAUUAGAUGUGGAACGUGAAAAAGCACGGGUUGACCAACAAAAUCUAAUUGCACAUAAUCAAUCAAUUCCAUCACCCAGUCAACAUGUGCUCUCUACAUCUGAUACUUCAUUGAAUACUACAUUAUAUGGACUAUUGUGGAAUAUACGUAGAAGAUAUUAUGGAACUGAGAUAUUAAAUUCGACAAAUGACCAAUCACUUUUAAAAUGGAAAGUAUUACUUGCUGACUAUGCCAAUCAUCAAAAGUUAUCUGUUUCUUCUGCACCACUUUACUUACCGAAAUAUUUAAAGUUUUCAAAUGAUACUCAUAAUAAAUGGUCUUUACAAACUGCAGAUAAACUUUACUGGUUACUGGAUAUGAAACAUAUUAUAGAUACAAAAUGUGAAAGCAGUCUUCCUAUUUCUUACAAAUUCCAUGAUUUUAUUUUGAUUCCUGAUAAGUUUGGAUGUGUUGGCAAACAAGAAAUUAUCAAUUCAUUUUUGAGCUGUCGUAGAAUUUGUUCAAAUGUAAUUACCCGUGGUUGGAUUGAAAAUCAUUACUUACAAAUAAUGUGGAAAGUUGGUACAAUUGCUUUACUUUACAGUGAUUUAUGCGCAACGUUACUUAGUGACUAUUGUGCACCGAUUCAUGUCCUAAAUGAAUUACGCUAUCGUUAUGAUCGUGAAAUAGAAACUUGUCAAAGACCAGCUCUUCGAAAAGUCAUCGAACAAGACGAUACACCGGCGCGGCGUCUAAUUCUGUGCGUCAGUCGCAUAGAUAUUUUUGACCAAUGUGUAAAGGCUUGUCUGACAGAUGGCUGGUAUCAAAUUGCUUGGUAUCCAGAUCCCAUGCUUACAACACUGAUUACUUCUGGCAAAAUUCGUGUUGGUUCGAAGUUAGUAACUGCUGGUGCUGAACUAGUCGUAACCAAUCCAUCAUCUACUAACAAUCAGCCUAAAAGGAAGUGCUCUUCAGGUGAUGAGCAAAUUGAUGAAUUUAAGCAUUUAUAUGGAGAUGACGGUGUAGCUGUUGGAAUGGCUUUGAAGUUGCAUGGAAAUUCUACACGACCUGUUUCUUGGUGUUCACGCCUAGGAUUCACUACAAAACAACCAAGUUCGGGUGCUGGCUUGUAUCCAGUUCCUCUGUGUACUCUCAGUUCAGAUGGAGGUAUCUGUAGCUCAAUUCGAGUAGUAAUCCAACGUCGAUAUUCCCUACAAUAUAUGGAGACAUUAGAGGUCCCGGAACAAAAUGCAGAUACAUCAACUCUUUUGACACGUACAAAUUCUGGUCCAGAUGAACUGUCUUCAAAGUUUCGUUUAAAUCGCCGUCGAAUUUUUCGCAGUGAACGGGCUGAGGAGGCGGAAGUUAGACUAUAUGAAGCGCGCAGACUCAAAGUUAUUGACGGAGCCUUGGAUAAACUUGUAGCUAAUGAUCCAAGCAAACGUCGAAUUCAACCUACGCAUGAACAAUUAUUAGCUUUGGGUAAUGAUGGUGAAGCAUUGUUACAAGCAAUUCUAAAUGCUCCAGAUUCUAUGGAAGCUGAAUCUAAUUUAACUCAAGUACAACGUGAUGCUAUACAACAUUAUAAAGAGUCUAUCAUUCAUGAUGCAAUUAUUGAAAAUGUCCCACCUAGACAGAUUACUCCUCUUUUGCGUUUAAGAGUUUCAGGAAUUCAUCCUAGAGAUAUUGCUAGUGGUUAUAGCGCUUUGAUUACUUUAUGGAGUCCAACGGAUGAAAUGUUAUCAGUUUUGAAAGAAGGAGAGAUUGUUGAAUUUUAUCGUUUGCAAGUGUCGGCUACACGUGCAAACGAUCCAUUUGUAUCUCCAUCAACUGUUCCAGGAUUUAUCAAACCUAUAGGCGUUAAUAUACCUUCUGGUUUUGUAUUAAGCCUUUCUGGUGGUCGUACAACACGCAUUUUAUCAUUAGGUCAUAUUUCCAACUUGAAAGGAAUUGUUUCUAUUGAUAAUAUUUCUCGUGUAUAUUAUCCAAGAGUAAAAUUAAGUGUUUCUGAAGCCUAUCAAACGAUUAUUCAGGCGGACAAAUCUACGAGUUCAUUUAACAAAGGAAAUCGUGAAGUUGAUUUACGUUGUUUGAUUAUAGCAAUUUAUCAUACUCCAGUGCAUUCGAAUCCAUCUUACAAAAGCUAUCCAUCUGAUGUUAAACAACAGAUGGAUCAUCCAAGAACAAUCGAUACUCCUUUCAAAUAUCCUUCUUCUGAUGUCGAUUGCGUUUAUGCAGUGGAUGCGAAUUGUAAAUCAGAAACAUGUUUAUCUGUGAUCAAAUUUUGGGAUGGUUUACAGGCUCUUCAUUUAAUGGACAUAGUUCAAAUUGGUCGUGUUUUAUGUUUCACCGACUUGCAGUUACGUCAUUGUCAAACAAUUACUGCAACGUCUAAAUUAAGUAAUCAGCCUUCGCGUAAAAUUCCCCUUCUUACUUUACAUUAUACAUCUGCUAGCAAUGUUACAGUUGAAAAACCAAUCGGUCGACGUUCCAGUCGUACUGCAUCAACGGAGUCAGAUCCUACUGUUGUAUCCUGUUUACAACAAGUUUUAAAGGACUUUCUGUUUUCAAAAUCAGGAUAUGAAAUAGAUUUACAAAUAUCUAAUUCUCCUUUGAAUCAUAGCAAAUCCUUAACUUCUGCAUCGAAUACAUCACACUCUACUGGUGUUGGUUUGUCAUCAUUAUUACGUGGUUCUAUUGGUCGUGCACAAUCAACUCCUGUUCACAAUACAAUAGAAACUCCAAAAGUUUCCACUUCACUCGAAAAUUCUUCCUCUAUUUUGAAUAUAACUUGUCCAUCACCAACUGAAUCAAUGCUUAAACAAGGUCUUCCACUUAAAGAACAAAAUUUUACUCCAAUUAAACGAUAUCUAUCAACAACUACUACUGACUGUGAACAAUCUUUAAACAGUAAUACACCAAAAACUGCUACUUGUUCUUAUAUUCGAACCCUUCCUAAUCGAAGUGCUUCGCGUACAGGUCUUUCACGAAGAACCCGUUCUCGUUCUAGUAUCCCUGGAUUAAAAAUUUCGUCUACAUCUGUAUCAGAUAAAUCUAUUUCUCACGAAAUAAAACAAUCCGAGAUCGUUGAGAUUACAAAGUCACCAACUUCUGAUAUUAUUCACCCGCUACUUAUUCCUGAAGAACCGUGUUUUACUCCUGAGCCUAAAGCUAAACGUCCUCGUGGUUCCCAACGUAGUAAUAAAUGUGAUAAUUCAUUAGAACUUUCUAAUAAUAAAGAUAUUUCAGAAUGUAUUCAAUCACCUAAGGAUAUUUUGAAUAGUUCAAUAGGUGAAAAAGAAAAUAUAUCGUUGUCCGAUCCAUUUAGAAUAAAAACUCCUUACAAUUCAGAAAUGUCAUCUAAUUCACAGCUUACAAAUGAUUCAUUUGAUAACUCUGACAUGAGUAUUGCAGAUUUAGUGAAAACACGUCAACGACGUCAGUCACGUUCAUCUCAACCUAUUACCGCCACAUCACCAACGCAACAUUCCACACCAAUCAUAUCUAAGAACCGAUUAUCAUUGAAAAGAAUUUCGAAAUAAUGCAUCUUUGUUGUUUCAUUUUUAUCAUUUAUUAUUGUUGUUUCUCCAUUUCUCCUGGCAUUUACUCAAUUAUUCAGUGUUUCAAUAGAAAUAUCACCAAUUUCCCCUUUAUUAUUGUUAUUAUUUGCCUUUGAGUUUAAUUUCCGUAUUUAUUUCACUUUUUACAUUAAAUAGAAGUGGAGAUAUUGCAAAUUGUAAUUUAAAAAGUCAGUUAUUUUCUGAUAGUUAUUUUUUUAUUUUAGUUUACUCUUGGACUGUUAAGUUGAAACAGUAAAAAGAUGAUAUAGUAGCUUGUUCCAUUUUCUUUUAUCUUUCUGAACAGUUUGAUAAUCAGUGUAUGAGCACUUUCGUCCAAACUCGAUCGAUUAGUUUCAUGGUAUUUCGGUGCCGAUUCGAUGUGAGACAUUGAGG